GAAUAACAAAAAAAGAUUUACACACAUGCAUUGCACAAUGUUUUAAGUUGCACAUGGCAGCACAUUAUUAAACUUUAUAACUGUUCACUAACUCUCUCUCAUGUGUGCCGUGCAGAGUGUGUGGUGAUGGCAGCAGAAGAUAGCAGCGCCACAAAGAGCAGCAGCAGCCUGACUGUGAGGCUGCAGAGCAAAGACAGAGACUCCUCUCAGGAGUUCUCUCUGCACAGAGAUGCUCCGCUGGGCUCCAUCUUCUCCCAGUACAUGUCCAAGAUGUCCGCCCCCGCCAAGAGUAAGGUGCGCUUCCACUUUGAUGGCUGCAAAGUGACGGACAGGCAGACUCCGGCACAGCUCGACAUGGAGGACGGUGACAUCAUCGAAGUUUGGACCUAGAUCAAUUAAUUUUGCAUUAACCAUAGCGUGCUGCAGGGAUGAGUCUACACCCCUGAAAUUCGUUUUUCAUUUCAUUUUAGCUCUCAUUCAACGUUUUUUUGGAAUGUUAAGCUUAAGAGAUUUAAGGUUUUAUUACCCCACUUUUCAAUCUUCUACAUUUCUUAAAAGCAGCGGUUGCUAACAAGUAGCUAGAUGAGACUACUAAACGCCAUCACAGCGAACAUUAGCCGCAUUUAGCUUUGCGUGGUGACAAAAAGGAAUGUGACCGUUUAGCAUAACGUUAACUUUUUACUUCUGGAAAUUGCUUUUAGGCUUCAACAAUCAUACAGUAGCGUUAAUAUCUAUAAAUUAUAAUGCGGAAUCAAACGUGUAAGUAUCAUUAAUGUUUGUCUGCCACAGAGCUUAUUUUCCGCAAUAAUAAAACAAAAAACAAUGGAAAUCUACUGGUUUGGUAGUGCAGUUACAUUAUCUGUAAAAGUCACUUUAUUUGUAGAUGUUAAAUACAGAGUUAAUAGGGUUAUAAUAGGGGUUAUAUGAUAACACAUUUUUUUAAAGUAAAUAAGCCGUCAUUGUACAAUUGUAUACUUGUAAUGUUUUUGUGACUGUACAAUAAUAAUUUGUUACUGUUACUGGAAAUAAUAAAAUUAUUAGAAGUUACUGAA